GCUCCGGGCUUCCUCCAAUGCUGAUAGUCCCACCACUACAACAUCUGUCAGUACAAACGCCAAGACAGUUGCGGCCACUAAAGUGCCUUUUAGUCAGCCUGCCCUAGAGCUGUCCAGGAGAAAGGACCAAGCCAAACCUUUCUCCUCAAAUGUUGCCUCAUCUGCCAUGAAGCAGACAGCAGCGGCCCCGUCUGUGGGUUCUGUGUGGGAGAGCGGGGACAGAAGUAGAACCAACACCCAGAGCCAAUUCACCACUGUGCCAGACGGGUCUCCAACCCUGCCACAACAAAUUAAUUGGAUUCAAGGUUCACACCAGUUACUGGCAGCAGGACAGAAGCAGGCUUAUAGCAGCCACAUAGAGACCAGUGCCCAUUCCUCCUCCAUCCCCAAGAAGGAAUGCCAAGUUGGGAUUAAAGUUCAGCUGACUGGCACCAGAGAGAAAUGUACAUCGCUUCAGUCCUCUCAGCCAGGAGGCAGUUUAGCUAUGAGCAGAUGUCAGGCUGCGUCAGGUGAUGCGCCGUUAAGAUUGGAUACCCUUUUGUCAGUUUGUCAUCAGGACCUGUUCAUCAAAGGACAGCCCACUUUGAAACGAACCAACAAGUUGAUGUACGAGGCUGCAGACUGUUCCUCCUCGCCUUCAGUGCCUCCUCCAUGCCUUACUCUAUGUGAACACCAGGGGACAGCGUUAGGAAAGGAUGCCUCCAGUCUCAACACCACAAAAGCAGAAAUAAGAAGCACAACGAGAGAAACGAUGACUACGAGGAGUCAUUCAGCGAAACCAGCAACAAAAUCCAUUCAGACACAAGACAGUUGCACAGAAAUAUCUGCUUUAAACAAUCCGUUGCUGGUAAGAGGUAGUCCUCCAGCGGUGGUGGCAACCGCUUCCCAGAGUAAGCCCCAAACAACUGCAUCACUAGACAUAAACAAGCAGGUCCCAGAAAGUCAAUGUCCACCAGGAAGCACCCUGUCCACAUGCGGAACAACAAGUCCUGCAGCAGCCAAUCCUUGUCCAAAUGGCCCCACGCCAACUGUGUUCAGUGCCAGUGUCAGUGCCAUUCAGGUGGAGCAGUCCACAACACUGGAUGCCACUCUAGCCGUGGCCUCAUAUCCUCCAGGAGCUUUGGUGGGCUCUGUGACCACCAAGAUCUCCACCAUCCACCUAACCAAGGAGGGGCAGUCUGCCUGCAUGUCAUCCUCAUCUCCUUCCCCUUCCUCUCCCUCACCGUCAGAGGAGUGUCCGGUCGGAGAGACUCAGCUGUCUGGCCAGGAGUGUGUUAUGCAAGUGGAUGGAGGUGAGGAGGAGCUGCCUGAUGAGCUGGAGAAUGCUUGUAGUGAUGAUGAUGAUUCAGACUGCUCAUCCAUCAUCGGGACCUCAUCCACAGCAUCCCUUGCACAUCUUUCCGGGGUUGAGGAACCGAUGUCGCUGGAGGUGGAAGAUGAACGAGAGGAGAAACCAGCUCUGGUUCCCAGUUUGUUCCCCCACUUCCCUUCAACACUCUACUUCAGCACCACCAGUGAGAAAGUGGAGCUGUUGCCCGCAGAACAAAGACGACUGUUAAAAUGGAAGUUGAGCCCUGUCACUCCAAAUGUUGUCAAAAACACCAUCACCAGGUCACACUUCAAAGUCACCAAAAAAAGCCAUGACUGGUUAGGCUGCUGGGGUCACCACAUGAGGUCUCCUGGCUUCAAGGCUCUUGGAGAGCACCAGAAGUUGAAUCACUUCCCAGGAACCUUCCAGAUUGGCAGGAAGGACAGGCUGUGGAGGAACCUGUCCAAGAUGAGGAUUCGCCAUGGCAAACAGGAGUUCAGCUUUUUCCCCCGAACCUUCAUCCUGCCUCAGGACAUCAAGGUGCUCCGCAAGGCCUGGGAAGACAGUGGCUCCAAGCAGAAAUGGAUCAUCAAACCUCCUGCCUCAGCCAGAGGAGUAGGUAUCCAGGUCAUCCACAAAUGGAGCCAGAUGCCCCGCAGGAGACCACUACUGGUCCAAAAGUAUCUCCACAAGCCCUACCUCAUCAGCGGUAACAAGUUUGACCUGCGGAUCUACGUCUACGUGUCAUCCUACGACCCACUCAGAAUUUACAUCUUUACCGACGGACUGGUUCGAUUCGCCAGCUGCAAGUAUUCGUCUUCCAUGAAGACACUGGGCAACAAGUUCAUGCACCUGACCAACUACAGCGUCAACAAGAAAAACUCUGAAUACCAGACUAACAGCGACGACAAGGCCUGCCAGGGACAUAAAUGGGCCUUGAAGGCAUUGUGGCAGUAUCUUGGUGCUAAGGGAGUCAACACCACUGUGCUAUGGGAGAAGAUUAAAGACAUUGUGAUCAAAACCAUCAUUGCGUCAGAACCUUAUGUUAACAGUCUGCUGAAGAUGCAUGUUAAGUCGCCCUACAGCUGCCACGAGCUGUUCGGCUUCGAUAUCAUGCUGGACAAGAACCUCAAACCCUGGAUCCUGGAGGUCAAUAUAUCACCAAGCCUCCAUUCCAACACAGCACUGGAUCUUUCCAUUAAAGGUCAGAUGAUCAGAGACCUCCUGAACCUGGCUGGUUUUCAUAUUCCCCAAAGAGAAGAUGUGGUUGCCUCCUGUAGCAGCACCUCCAGCUCCACCAGCAGUCUGUACGGGGGUACCAGGGAAAGGACCAGAUCUGAUCUGUCUGCUGAUGAGAAGGUCAAACGGGCAUUUUACCUCACACAGCGCUACACUGACCAGGAAUUCAUCUCCACAGUGUUGGAUGUUUUGACUCCAGAGGACGUUCACAUGCUAGCAGAGAGCGAAAACGAGCUGAGUCGCAGAGGUCAGUUUGAGCGAAUUUUCCCGUCACCGACAUCAUCUCGCUACCUCCGCUUCUUCGAGUGUUCGAGAUACCUCAACAUACUGCUCGAUCAAUGGGAACAAAAGUACUGGAACAACAGGACCAAAGGUAUCAGUCUGCUGAGGACUCUCUGUCAGAAAAAAGUCCAUCUCGGAACCAAUGACCCUGCUCACAUGUGGUCCAAGUGUAGCUACGUCUCCCACAGAAGAGAACUUGUCAGUCCAUCUAGAGCCAGAGUGGUGGUCAGCCUUCAGCACCGGUCCGACGGUGCUGACGAGGACGACGGUUCAGACGGGGAGGUGGCCUCCGUUACCAGCCUGCCUGUUUCUCCAAGUCCUGGAUCUAGUGUCACCAGCAGUGCCUGUGCAAGCCCUCAGCCCAGCCUCACCCAGAGCCUGCUGCCCCAACACUUCGAUUCGCUCUGA